AUGAGUGAGUUACUCAUCGUUCUCGCUUUAACAGCAGUAGGAAAAAUCCACGGCCAGGGAGCAGUCGCGUCACAAGUCUUGCAACUAAAACCUUUGCCCGUCAUUGACCACCAACCGGUUUCAUAUUUCGAACAACAAAGAUUUCAAACACCGACAGCGACACCACGCCUGUAUACGAACGCAUUUCGACCAACUGUUCACGAGAAUUCACAAGAUAACGGAAGUGACAAUAUUGACUUCACACCAACGACCGUGAGAGGGACUGAGCCGAAGCGGCGACUUUUUACAUCAGUCAGAGUACCAGCUGAGAUGUAUCGACCUUCAGAAAUUACUGAGACUGCGAGUAGUAGAAGUAGGUACCACAGUGCCGAUAUAAAAAAAGAAAAUAACGUUAAAGAAGACAGAGUACUGACGUCAAAUGAUAACGUAAACUAUGUUGUGCCACCAGAAAUCACAAACAAUCCAAAUAAAAAUGUGACUACAGUGACGCAUAAAAUUAAUCCGGAUAAAAUACCUUCAGUUGUCGAUGUAGAUGAACGGUCAUCAUUUGAUGGUGAUAUGUGCCCGCCCGGUUCUGUGCGAAUAAAGGGUGUGUGCGUCCAAAAGGAUUAA